AUGGGGAGUCUUUAUAAUAAUAAGGAGGGAAGGAUUACGAUCAAGAAAACUGUAAAAAAGCCAACUUCAAAACUUGAACAACCUGAACUGUUUGACGAUGACUUUGAUUUCUCAAAUCUUUCAGAAGGAAGGUUUGGUUUGACAUUGCAACAAAAUUCUCUAUCUCCAUUUACUGAAACGGAUUUUGAAGAUGUUAGCUCGUUGACCUCAAAACUUUCAGAGAGAAACCUUAUUAAAUCAAAGUCCCAAAAAUUGCCUUCGUCUUCGUCGACCAGCUCUAAAACUUUCGAGUCAGAAGACGAUACUUUCAAGCAAGUCCACUUUCCAGAAUCAAUGGAUUCUCUUACUAUAGCGAGUCCUCAAUCUACUCAUUUAUCUUCAAUUAACGAAAAUAAUUCCAGUCAGGAAGACUUUUGGUCCGACUUGGUCAUAGAAGAUGAUCAUAAUAUUGCUGAGAAUAACCAAUCCAAUGCAAAACCAGAUAAUGAUGAUAAUCAGAAUGCUAUUAGAAGGAAAUGGAGAAGGAAGCCAACUUUGAUUCGUAAUCUAAACUCCACCAAACGAUCUAAAGUUGUUGGAGAAAUGGUAUAUAAUCCUGAUUUACAACGAUGGGAUGGUAACGAAUCGAUUCUUAAAGAAUUCGAAGCUUAUUUGACACCUCGUAAUAACUCAACGUUAAAUACAAAAAAUGUUAAAAUCAUUGAUAAUAUGAUCUUCGAUCCUAAAAGAUUGUGUUGGUGCAGUAGCCAAACGAAUCUCGAGGAAGAUGCAUUCGAAAAUUUUGAAAAUAGUGAUAGUGACGAUGAUUACGACAAGCGUAAGAAAAAGGAAGGUGAAGCUAGUAAUACAAGUAAUAAUAACGAUAGUAAUAAUAUUAGUGAUAAUAGUAAGCUUAACGGUUAUAAUAUUUGUAAUAAUCACAAAGAUGAUGCUGAUUUAGUAAUGUCUGGAAAAAAUAGCAAUGACUUUACAGUCGGAAAUGAAUUUGACGUAACACCUGGAUUUUUAGCAGCAUUAAUUGCAUCAGAACGACAGCAUGGAAAUGAGAUGUCUAGGUGGUAUCCAGCUGCAAGUUCUUUAAGAAAUGAACAACGAUUUGGUCUACGGAAUCCAAAUAUCCAAAGAGGAUUUUUAUAUGAAAUCAGAACGGUGAUUAUGAAUAAAAAAACUGGUCGAUUUAGUUCUCGACGAGAUCGAUUUGUCAAAUAG